GUAACAAACUGAUGUAUGCCAAUCAGUUGAUGAGAAUUUGGCGAUCAAAUGGUCGUUAUCAAAUUUUUUCCCCCGGUCGCUCUGUUGCCACAUGUGCUGCUAGGGAACUCGUUUUCGCCAAAGCUGAUUGUUUAACAACAACCGGUUACUGUCUGUGUAGCACGUGAAAGAGCAGCAUCUCACAUACCUUCUUAGUUCGUUCAUUUAAUUCUUCGAAAUAGAUUCCCUAUUGAGUUUCGUUAUGGAGUUUUUGGCAUUUUUAUGGAUAUUUUUUCUUCUUUCAUUCUUAGUAGGUUUUGUUUUGUUUAUAAUUUAUGCUGACGCUGAUUUAACACUUUUAUUUUAUCAUUCUCUAAAUCGUCCAAGAGAUUUUCGUAAUAAAGUAGUUUGGAUAACUGGAGCUUCAAGUGGAAUUGGAGAGUAUCUUGCUUAUGAUCUGGUAAAAGCAGGAGCAAAAUUAGUUCUGUCUGGUGUGAAUGUUGAAAGAUUAACAGCUGUAGGCGAGAGAUGCAAAGAAGUAUCAAGUUGUGCAGCAGAAGAUAUUCUAUUAGUGCCAUUCCAAAUAAACAAUUUUGAUGUUCAUGAUGAAUGCGUGAAUAAAGUUUUGGAUCAUUUUGGUCAUAUUGACAUACUAGUGAAUAAUGCAGGAAUUUCACAGCGAGCUGAUUUUGCAGAUAUCGACAUUGCAGUUGAUCAUCAACUUUUCGAUGUGAACGUGUUUGGGCCUGUCAAUCUGACCAGAAAAGUUCUCAGGCAUUUCUUGGAACGCAAGAAAGGUCAUGUAGUUGUUACAAGCAGUACUGCUGGAAAAUUAGGAGCGCCUUAUUCUUCUGCAUAUACUGGAUCAAAACAUGCAUUACAUGGAUACUUUGAGUGCUUAAGAAGUGAAAUGGUAGAAGAAAACAUACAUGUCACUCUGGUCUGUCCUGGACCAGUUUUUUCUAAUAUAACAGACAGAUGUGUUACUGGAAAAAUUGGAGAAAAAUAUGACCACAAGCAACAACCUACAGAUAAGAAAAUGAAAACUGAGCGCUGCUCUGAUUUGAUGGUUACAGCCAUCGCUUAUAAAUUAGAUGAAUGCUGGAUAUGCUUUCAGCCAAUCCUUUUUAUGUAUUAUAUGGCACAAUAUCUUCCGAGUGUAUUUCGAACGUUCAUUGUGAAGUUUAUAUUUAACAGACAGAGAGUUAUGAAGAUGAGACAAGGCCGUUAAUGCUCAAUUAUGCUCAAUUAAUGUUUCCUUUCAUGUUAUUCAACUUUUUUUCGUCAUUAUUUUCAUAUUUACACAAUAUUUUUACACAUGUUGGAUUAUUUAUGCUGAAAAUUUUUUGCCUAUUGAUUUGCUUUUAUACUUUUUGUUUAUCAAAGGUCAAUACAAUUUUAUGAUGCAUACAAAAAAAAAACAA